AAUAGAACUUUCGCGAGAAAAAAAAAAGGUUUCGUAAUUUCGCCGGCGACGGCGAGCGAAAAACGAUUGGUCCGGAAAACGAAGAUCAAAGCCCUAGAAAUGGCUGAGAAGCUAGCGCCGGAAAAGCGUCACAGUUUCAUCCAUAAUGGGCAAAAGGUAUUCGAGUGGGAUCAAACCCUGGAAGAGGUUAAUAUGUACUUAACUUUGCCGUCAAAUGUUCAUUCGAAGCUGUUCUACUGCAAGAUCGAGCCAAAGCAUGUCGAAGUUGGCAUCAAAGGCAACCCUCCUUAUCUCAAUCACGAUCUCAAUGGACCCGUGAAGACAGAUUGCUCGUUCUGGACUCUAGAGGAUGAUAUAAUGCACAUUACGCUGCAGAAGAGGGGCAAAGGCCAGACGUGGUCAUCACCUAUACUUGGACAGGGCCAGUUGGAUCCUUACUCCACUGAUCUCGAGCAGAAACGCCUUAUGCUUCAGAGGUUUCAAGAAGAGAACCCAGGGUUCGACUUCUCGCAAGCACAGUUUUCGGGUAACUGUCCAGAUCCCAGGACCUUCAUGGGCGGUAUCCGUUCCGACUGAAAUGUCCAUUCCUCGGUUGUGUGAGUGUUAACUGUAGUCUGUAAUAACGCUCUUGUUGAUCAUAAAACCUUCUGUGUAAGUUGUUAAUUAGUACGAGUCCCUUGUGGCGUUUGAUACUCUCUUCUCAUUCAUGCACUGUUUUUUACU